GAUACUUAUCCAGAGCCCCAAGGGUUAAAUUUCAAUUUAUUCUGACUAUAAAUGUUCUUCUUUGAUCAAGGACGACCCUGAAUCGGACAUGGAAUUCAUCCUCACAAUUCUGCUCAUCUCCUUCCUCUCGAUCCCCUUCUCCGAUCUCUUAUUCUUCCUCGCCGACAUGCUACUUCUCCGGCUCGUUGCGCCGCUCGUCGGGCCGCACGCGUGCCGGCCGGCGGCCUCUCUGUUCUUCGGCGACCGCCGCCGCGCGGCCAAGGCUGCCGGCGACGGAGAUCUGCUUCCGUGGGGUGUCCUCGGCGGGAAUUACCUGGAGGUGGAUCGAUAUGAUCAGUCGGCUUCGCCUGUUGUUUGCGUGUUUUGCUUGUCGGACAUCGAGGAGGGGGAGGAGGUGAGGGAGCUGCGGUGCCGGCACCUCUUCCACCGCCGGUGUCUGGACCCCUGGCUCGCUUGCCGGAGAGCCACGUGUCCGCUGUGCCGGGAUCCUCAGCAGCAGCAGCAGCAGGAUCAGGAGGAGGAGGAUGAAGAGCUCGAGCAUCCGGCCAUGGCUUGGCUUGCUUACGCGCCGUCGUGGGCGUGGUGACUUCUUUCUCUUUCUCUUUCUCUUUCUCUCUGUUUUUCUUUUUUGAAUUUUAAUUUAUUGUGGACAAAAAUGUAGGUGAUGCUGUAAAUAUUGUGUUCGCAUCUCUAGAUUAUAUUUCUUUUUUCUUGUUUUA